AAGGGCAGCAGCUUUACAGCCGGGGAGAGAAGUGGGUUGAGAAGAGAAAGCAUGGGUUAAAGAUUUUGAAGAAGAGUGAAAGAAGUACUAAAAGCGGAGAGGAGACUGGAGAGGAGUGAACGACAAACCUGAAGCAACAAACCUGAGGGAGGAGAGAAGUGGGAGAGCUAAGAGAGAGCACAUUAGAGCCACUGAGUCCCUCCCAGCAGGCAGAGCGGGCGGACAAUAAGGAGGAGGGGGACUGUAAGAGCAGCACAAUCUGACUGACAGCCGCAGUCUCCUAAUAAGGGAUGGCAAUGGUGCAUAUGUUUGGCGUGUAUAUAGGAGGACAGUGAGUAGCAGGUGGCUGUGCAUGUGUGUGUAUAUGCAAGCCUGCUAGCUGCCGGACUCACUGGGGCACCAUGCACUGCCAGGCAGAGCUCAGACUCCCCUCUCCGGGCCAGAUCAAGUCAGCCAGGCGGCGCUACAAGUCCUUUAUGAUCGAUGAAAUUCUGUCAAAGGAGACGUGCGAUUACUUCGAGAAACUUUCCCUGUACUCGGUGUGUCCUUCGCUUUUGGUCAGACCGAGACCUCUGCACUCCUGCACCGGGUCGUCUUCACUCAGACCGUACCCUCUUCUAUCAGUGAUUACACGUCAGCCCAAUGUUGUAACACACAUGGUCCCCACAUCCCCAUCCUCCCAUCAUCCAGUGCUGUCCCCUACUCAUCUUUCACCAGGAUGCACUCGGUCAGAGACUCCAGCCAGUGAGGUCCACCAAAGUAGUGAGUCAGAACAUGAGCAAACCACCCCAAGAAUGAAAAAGCCACGGCGUAGCAGAACCAUUUUCACUGAGCUCCAGCUUAUGGGACUAGAGAAAAAAUUCCAGAAGCAAAAAUAUUUAUCUACACCAGACCGAUUGGACUUGGCUCAGUCACUAGGCCUCACACAGCUUCAGGUCAAGACAUGGUAUCAAAAUCGUCGGAUGAAAUGGAAAAAAAUUGUUCUUAAGGGUGGACAGGAGGCACCUACAAAGCCAAAAGGAAGACCCAAGAAAAAUUCCAUCCCAACUUCUGAAGAAAUAGAGGCAGAAGAAAAGCUGAACAAGCUGGCACAGGAAACAGAGACUGAAGUAAAUGAAGAAGAGGAAGGACAAGGAAAAGUCACAGAGAAAGAUGAAAUUGUUCACAAUCUUGAAGCAAAUGUGGAAGUUGAAUUAAAGAAUUCACAGGCCUCUUGCCCAGGAUUGCAGUUACAGUUAGAUGUCUCACUAAGUGAUAGUGUUUCAUAAGGCUUAAACAGGAGCCUAAACUUGGACUGUUAAAAUUCUACAAAGAGAGCAUGUGUGCCUCAUUUUUGAAGAAGUGAUGGACCUAAACAUUGCAGGAUUUAUACCACUUCCUUCACUUUGCAGGGAAUAGGUUAAAGCUGCCAUAUAAUGCAAGCGAUGGAGGUAGAUGGAAUGUACAUACAAAUGUUGCUGUGUCUUUAGAACAUUUGAAUUGUGUAUAUGGUUUGUUUUAUUCUUGUGCUGGGAACUGAUAGAUGAAAGAUUCAAGAGGAGAGAGAGGACUGUGUUCACCCAAUGUAAGAAAAAUCUGUCAAAUGAAGUGCCUUAGAUUUUAAAUGCUAUGAAUGCAGCUUGAAAAACAGAUUUUACUUUUUUUUAAGAGAAAACUUUUCAAGAAUAAAAGCACCAAAUGUGUCUAAAUCAUGUCACCCUCAGUUGGUCUGAAACUGAGAAGGGCAAUAUUUUGUACAAGAACUGCAACAUUUGCAGAAGAAAAUAUUUGUAAUAUUCUUUAAUAAUUUGUAAUAGGAUAAAUUCAUUUUGAAUUUGUGCUUAAAACUGGCUUUAAACAAAAUUUGAGACAUAUUAUUGCACAUUCAUGGAGAGGGAAUGUAGUAGUAAGAACACAAAAAAUAAUGAAAGUGUUAUAUAAUAUUUUUCAUAAUCAUUAGCAUUUUGGGACAGCAGUGACUUAGGCAUUUCAUAUUUUACAUCUGGCUUGAUGGAAAAAAGGAUUUGGCGACAUAAUCAAGAUGUAGAGCUGCCUAAUAACAGCUGGAAACUUGCCCCAGGUAUAGCAAUCAUACACAACCAAUGAAAUAUUUACUUUGUGCAGAUUAGUAAAUGGCAUACAAUGAAGGCAUAGAAUGGCAUUCUAUGGGUUAUUAAACCAAGAAGAAACUUUGCAAUUAAUAUUAUCUUUACCUUUCAGUUUUAUAGAAGAAGCACAAUAUAAGGCAGUGUCCACUAGACAUUUUGCUUCCUAUUUUUUUCUUUGCAGUCCAAGAAGGUUACAGAUAUAAAAAAACAUUGAAGUCAUAUUGAUAUUCUAUACUACACCCAAGACCUGUCUGUAUGCAAGAAAGCAAAUCAGUGUUCACUACAAAUAGAAUCCUAACUGACCUUUAGGCUGAGCUUCCAGGACAAAUAAAUAUCCUCCUUAAGUAUCAUUGUAAUUGAAGGGUGCCACCUUCCACCAGCCACUGCUUAGGAAUGUCCUGGGGGGAGGGGUGAUCGGUGGCACCAUAUUCUUGCAACUACUGUUCUACUGUUUUAUAGGAAAACAUAACAUUAACUAUGCCAAUUGUUUUUUGUUGUUUUUGAAAUUAUUUAUCUAAACUUGUAAGAAGUGUGUAUCCAGAGUGGGGAAGAAGCCAAUAACCUUUGUUCUCUGUUAUUAGUCUGAGUAAAAAUGUCAUAUGCCUCCCUCUUUUGAUAAAAAGUAAGCACUGUAUCUUUAUGCUCAGGUCUUUCAUACUGGGGCAACAUAGAAUUUUUUGUUAGAAAAUUGGAUUCAUAAAAUAUUUAAGAUAAUAAUUACUUCAAGCAUGUGUUUAGGCAAAAAGAUUUUGGAAAUCCUAAGUGUAAAUUUUCUAUUCUAACUGCCCAUAGACUACCCAGAGUUUCUAAAUUCUCUUACAUGCUAAACGAUACACAUCAUGUUUACUUGUGAGGUACACAUUUAAUGAAGUAUCACUUUUAAAUAAUUUUUGUUAUUGCAUAUUUGUGGUAUUUAGAAGUACCUACUAGACCACAAAAUGUUGGCAGCUUUAGACUUAUAUGAGUAAGUCCCAACCCCUUCCUCUUCUUUUAAAAUCCACUCCAAACAAAGAUUGGGUAAGGGGCUUUCUAUAAUACUGGAAAUAGAGUGUGAAGGGAAAUAUUUAAUAUGAAAUAUUAAAUGUAUAGCUGAUAUUUUUGACACUACUUUUCACAUUUCCAGUAAAUUGGAUUUAAAUAUGUUUUCUGGUAAUAUACUGUAGGUAUAGUUGUAUAAGAAAUGUCAUAAGCACAGCCUUGGUUUUACUACUUGGUAAUAUGACUGAAUAUAUUUAGGCAGUUUCUAAUUCAAAUGGUUACCGCAUACACACCCCAACCCCUGCAAAAGACUUAUUGUAUAACAUGAUUAAUGUUAUGUUUUUUUAUUUGUAUUUGGUUCUGGAGCAAUGUAUGUGGGAGUUCUAACAAAAAUAGUUAUACACUAUUUAUUGCACAAAUCUAUACUUUUUUUUUUUGGUGAAGGGGUGAAACCUUUAUACUGAAGAAUACACUGGAGUGCUGAAUUUAGAAGAUGACCCAUCUCAGAGCUUCUUUGCAGCUAGUUGGCUGCCAUUAUCGCACACAGGGCCGCCAUUGCGGGGGAGAGAGGGUGCUGUUGUGCUGGGCCCGGUGAAAUCUCCUUCAGAAGGGGACCCGGCAGCAUCACGACAGUUGUGCUGCUGGGUGUUAAGUGUUAAAUUUAUGGCAAAAUGUACGCAAGUUAUGUGACUUCCACCAAACUGCCAAGAAAGGUACAUAACUGGUGUAUCAAGAAAAAGACAAUGCAGAGAAGCUUGAUAGGGGCAAACUUCACUGACCACCAAAUUAUAAACUUAAGGUAAAUUCAACUGCCCCCCAAUUAACUGACUGACUUAUUAGAACAUUCAUUAUUCAUUUUAACUAUUUAUAUGAACUAUGCUUAUUAUAGAGAAAUGUAAGCUGUUUAUAGUGGGAGUGCCUCCUACAUGAGGAAUGACAGGUUAUUUAUCCAGCAGAGGAAUGACAGGUUGUUGGGCCCCACAGCCACAUUAUUGGGACCCUAUGCUUACACAAUUUACGUUUAUAACUUAUGCAAAAACUUUACAUUAUUUUCAAAGAAACUUACAUAAAAACUAAAAUAAUACCCAUUUAAAAGAAUGAUUUAUUAGCACAUUUUUAUGAACUACUACUGACUAGUUACUGGACCCCACAGCAAGAUCAUUGAGCCCCCAAACUCAUGUAGUUUAUUUAACUUAUGCAAAAGCUUACAUAACUUCAAUAUCCAGCAAUGACAGCACAUAACAGGGGCAGGAAGGAGUGUAAGUUUUAAAGUUAGGGCAAACUCCACUGGACCCUUAAAAAACUUACAGUUAAUUGGCAGAUUAAUUAUUGGAACUCUUUAUAUCAACUGCUUAUUAAAGAGUACCAUCAAAUGUUUAUAUUGCACAUACAAGGGACUUUGGUCAAAAUUUUAGUACUGCUCGCUUGUGUUCAUGGGGUCCCCAUAAAAAUAACUUGCACGUGGCCCCAAAGUAUCUGAUGGCUGCCCUGAUUCCACACAAUGCAAAAAGCACAGAAAUAACAAAAAUAUUGCUCCUAUGAGCACCACUGUGGUAAAGACACGCUCUGUUUAAACACUCAGGGAAACCCACUAACCUGCAAAUAUGGAUGCUGGUUUAUGUUUUUUUUUAAAGCAGGAAAACAACACACACCUAAAUCAACUGGACUGUGUAAACCUUUUCUUACUGCAAAUAUAUAAUGCUGUUUGGGAAUGAGUUAUAAUAAAGUAUUUUAUUUUUGAAUUAA